GGGCCCUUCUAGCUUGGGGAUGGGGGUAGAUCGGGAAGGAACUGGAGGACUGAGGCAGCCGUUCCGGGGAGCCGGCCCAGAGGAGGUCCCUAUGUUGGCUAGUUGAGACAAAUAUAAAUAUGGCCUUCUACAAUUAUACUACCUUCUUAGCUAUUGCCCGAACGAGAUUCCCUAGCCAUUUUGUCCAUCCUACCUGCUCUUCUUAUUCCCCAGCACUUGCAUUUCUUCACUUGCCAGAUUCCUACUUAACAUAUAUGAAGAACUGUGGAAGCAAGAAGUACUCCUUUCCUAGUCAGUCAGGCAAUAAAGUACUUCACUUACGAACUAGGAUAAUACAAAAGCUACACACAUCAGCUUGCUGGCUACAAGAUGUCCCUGGUAAACCUCCGCUGGAGCAAACCCCCAAAAAGCCACAGGUGACAAGCCCUCAGCCCACAAAAGAAACGGGCACGAAGACUAAGGAAGAAAAGAAAUCUUAUAGACAAAAAAUUAUGGAUGAACUUAAAUAUUAUUACAAUGGAUUCUAUUUGCUUUGGAUUGACACCAAAGUUGCUGCCAGAAUGGUUUGGAGGCUGUUGCAUGGACAGGUGCUGACCAGACGAGAGAGACGAAGGCUAUUGAGGACUUGUGCUGACUUCUUCCGCCUGGUUCCAUUUGCGGUAUUCAUAAUUGUACCCUUCAUGGAAUUCUUAUUACCAGUGUUUGUGAAACUCUUCCCAGAGAUGUUGCCAUCAACUUUUGAAAGUGAAUCCAAAAAGGAAGAAAAACAGAAAAAGAAAAUGGCUGCAAAGUUGGAACUAGCAAAAUUUCUUCAAGAAACAAUUACAGAAAUGGCAAGGAGGAACAGGGCCAACCUGGGAGAUGCCUCUACCCAGUUCUCAGCCUAUGUCAAACAGGUUCAGACAGGCCACAAGCCCAGCACAAAGGAGAUAGUUCGUUUUUCCAAACUAUUUGAGGAUCAGCUCACCCUGGAGCACUUAGAUCGACCUCAGCUGGUUGCCCUUUGCAAACUGCUGGAAUUGCAGUCCUUUGGAACCAACAAUUUGCUCCGCUUUCAGCUCCUGAUGAGACUGAAGUCUAUAAAAGCGGAUGAUGAAGUAAUUGCCAAAGAAGGGGUGAAUGCUUUGAGUGUGUCAGAGCUACAAGCUGCCUGUAGGGCCCGAGGGAUGAGAUCACUGGGUCUCACUGAGGAACAACUGAGACAACAGCUCGGAGAGUGGCAGGACCUCCACCUGAAGGAGAAUGUCCCUCCUUCUCUUUUGCUCCUGUCACGAACCUUCUACCUGAUAGAUAUGAAGCCAAAGUCAAUCGAGAACCCACUAAGUGGGCAGGCUCCAAAGACAGAUGUUCCUAUGGAAUCACCUACUUCCCCUGAAUAUAAAGAGAACAUGGUGGAUUUAGCACCUCAACUGAAGGGUACUAAGGAUGAAAAAUGUAUGCAACUGCCAUCAGUUACAUCACCACCCAUACCACCAUCAACACCUAUUUCAUUACCUAAAGGAGCCAUCACUUCUGCCAAAGAAGCUUGUUGAGAAACAAAGACAACUGAGUGGGAGUACACAUGGGACAAAGACAGUGACGAUGACAAAAACAGAACGCUUCUCUGCCUCAGCAGGGGUGUUAUCAGACCCUAUUGGGCAAGCAGGGCAGAGGAGGAGCGAGGAGAAGCUGCCGCAGUGACGAGAACAGCACAGCGCCCACACCCACAUGCAGGACCUCAAAGAGGCAGUGACAACCAGCUCCGCCCGCAGUCACCGGCCCAGCACCUGAGCAAGCUGCAGGCUCCUUCCUUCCCAGCCCAACACACACACCUCCCCUCUUAGAAGAGGAGAAACGUCAGCAGCCAAAGAGGGUGAACGGGCACCCUCCAGCCCCCCACGGCUACCCGAGGCAGCUCCAGCGCACUGGGCUUGGUAGCAUCGCUCCUCUGACAUCAGAGGUCGGCCACACAGGAGGGUGGGCUAGCACUGCUAGCAAGCCUCUCUUUACAGAGUGCCUACCUUCAGGGAAAGGAGGAGUGGGGCCCUUUCUGAGACUUUUGGGGCUGGCAAAAAGGAUCAGACAAAUCAGGGAUGGCUGCUAGACCCAAGGAUGGAAGGAGCCUGCCCUGGAAGAGAGCCCGGCUGCAAGUGAAGUCCAGAUCCCAUGCAUGCAUUACAUUGGCCAAGGGGAGAGCCAGAUGCAGGUGUAUAGGUGGGAGGCCUCUGUGUUCCUGCAAAACGAGGAAAGCUCCUGUGUGAGCCGAGAGGAAUCAACCCUCCAGGUUGGAGAAAUUGCUGGAGCCGCCCACCGGCCCACGGAGCCUGCUCCUCUACCGCUCCCGGCUCUGUGUCUCCCCACAGCCCCGCAAUGCAUGCUCCCCCCGUGCCCGUGGCAAGGGCAGGACAUCGAGAGGAGAAGU